CGCCGUUACCCGCUGGUCCUAAAACCCUAGCGAAGGCGAGCCUUCCACUUCCCUCAACCUGCCGCCGCCACCGCCACCGCCGCCGCCAUGUGCCCAGCAGCGGCGACCACGAGCUCCGCCAAGCCGUCGAAGAAGCGGAAACAGCCCGUCAUAGCGCCGCCGGAGUCGGACUCUGAGGAGGAAUCUGUCUACGACACUGCCUCCGACGAUGACGAGGAGGAAGAGGAGACGCAGGAGUUAGAGAGUGAGGAUGUAGACGAGGAGGUGGAGGAGGGGAGCGAGGGCGGCGAGGAAAAUGAAAUUGGUGACGAUAGCGAGGUGGAAGAAGAGGAGGUGAAGGAGAAAAAAGAAAAGGAGGAGACGGUGAAGGAGAAAAAGGAAAAGAAGGACAUGAAGCAAGAGGGAAAGAAGGCGAAGAAGCAAGAGGAAAAGAAGGCGAAGAAGGACAAGAAGGAAGAGGAAAAAAAGGUGAUGGAGGACAAGAAAGAAGAGGAAAAGAAGGCGAAGAAGAAGAGCGAGGGGAGUGGAAUCCUGUCUAACAAGCUCUUCUCGGAGCUCCCCCUCUCUGAGCUCACUGCCAAGGCCAUCAGAGAGAUGAACUACACCCACCUCACCCAGAUUCAAGCUAGAUCAAUACCACAUCUGUUGGAGGGGAAUGAUGUGAUGGGCGCAGCCAAGACUGGCUCUGGGAAGACUCUUGCAUUCCUUAUACCAGCGAUUGAGAUGCUAUAUCACACACACUUCUCACCGAGGAAUGGGACUGGAGCUAUUGUGGUUUGCCCGACACGGGAACUUGCUAUCCAGACACACAAUGUUGCCAAGGAGUUAAUGAAAUAUCACUCACAAACUCUCGGAUAUGUCAUUGGUGGUAAUAAUCGAAGAAGUGAGGCUGAUCAGCUUGCAAAGGGGAUCAAUUUAUUAGUUGCUACCCCAGGCAGGCUUUUGGACCAUCUACAAAAUACCAAGAGUUUCAUAUACAGAAGGCUAAAGUGCCUUGUCAUUGAUGAAGCCGAUCGCAUACUUGAGCAAAACUUUGAGGAAGACAUGAAACAAAUAUUUAAACGCCUUCCCCAGAAUAGGCAGACUGUUCUUUUUUCUGCUACACAAACUCCAGAGGUUGAAAAAUUUGCUAAACUGUCAUUUGAGAAAAAUGAAGAAAGUAAAAAAAAACCUGUUUAUGUUGGAGUUGAUGAUGAUAAGUCAAAGGCUACUGUUGAAGGCCUGCAGCAGGGUUAUUGUGUCAUUUCUAGCGAUAAAAGGUUCUUGGUUCUGUAUGCUUUCCUAAGAAAGAAGCGGAAUAAGAAGAUAAUGGUGUUCUUCUCAUCAUGUAAUUCAGUAAAGUUCCACGCUGAACUUCUGAAUUUCCUUGGGAUAGAGUGUUCUGAUAUCCAUGGAAAACAGAAGCAACAGAAGCGAACUACUACAUUCUUUAGCUUUUGCAAGGCAGAAAAGGGCAUCUUAUUGUGCACUAAUGUGGCUGCCCGUGGACUUGAUAUUCCUGACGUGGAUUAUAUCUUGCAAUAUGACCCUCCAGAUGAACCAAAGGAUUACAUUCACAGAGUUGGUCGUACCGCACGUGGUGAGAAAGGCAAAGGAAGUGCAUUGCUGUUCUUACUACCAGAAGAACUGAAGUUUCUAAUUUACCUGAAGGCGGCCAAGGUUACCCUGACGGAAUAUGAGUUCAAUCAGAAGAAUGUGCCAAAUUUGCAAUCGCAGCUUGAGAAUAUUGUUGGUGAGAAUUACUUUCUGAACCAGUCUGCCAAAGAAGCCUACAGAUCCUACGUUUUGGCAUAUGACUCUCACUCUAUGAAAGACAUUUUUAAUGUCCAUCAACUUGAUCUGCAGAAAGUAGCUGCGUCAUUCGGUUUCAAGAAUCCCCCGAAAGUGAACCUGGACCUGGAUAGCAGUGCGGCGAAGCAUCGGAAGAAGAUGAGGAGAGUAGACGGUGGGAAGAGGCAUGGCAUCAGCGCUUCGAACCCGUACGGGAGGAAGGACAAAGGCGGUGCCGGCGAUAAACGACAGUUGGCGAGAUUCUAGAAAGGAAGGAAGAGCAGGAGCGUUUCACUAUUGUUGUGUUCGUACCAGGGCUUUGAUUGAUGUUACCUGGCUUGGGAAAAAUCUUGACAGGCCACUAAGAUUGGCUAUAAAUUUUGGGUUGUCUUGAU